AUGGCUCCACGUUUGCGCGAUAAAGGCGGCGUCGUCCGGACGUCGCGGUUUCUGCUGUGGCUAGCGGUGCUGUCCGCAGUCGCCUGCUGCGGGCGCGCCAUGCAAGGCUUCGUGCGCCGGCGUCGCGUCGACUUCUCGCAAAUUCCCAAGACGGCGCGCAUCCAGCUGUACUACGAGUCGCUCUGCCCGUACAGCGUCGCCUUCAUCACCGAGCAGCUGUGGCCGACGUACGUGCGCGUCGGCUACCUCAUGGACGUCCAGCUGGUGCCGUUCGGCAACGCCUUCAAGGAGCAGCAGCAAGAAAAGCCUAACUCCUCCCGCGCGGAACGCUUUGCCGUGGGCCGCCGCCAGGAGGCCGACUACAAGUACAGCUGCCAGCAUGGGCCCGACGAGUGCUUCGGCAACGUGGUGCAGUCUUGCGCGGCGCACAUCUUCAACGACACCAUCCUGUCGCUGGCGUUCGUCACGUGCAUGUCGCUGGCCGAGCGCCCUCACGAGGCGGGAAGGGAGUGCGCCCGAGGCAUCGCGCGCAACUGGAACGCCAUCCAGCGGUGUGCCAACGGCGGCAAGGGACGCGUGCUGCAGGACGAGAUGGGCGAGCGCACAUGGAAUCUGGAUCCUCCGCACCACUACGUACCCUGGCUAGUCAUCAACGGCGUGCACAACGACGAACAGCAAGCCAUGGCGCAGACAGACCUCUUACAGGUCGUGUGCGACGCGACACCCGACGGUCGCAAGCCACCGCCCUGCUUCGCCGACAUGGAGGAACGUCGCUCCCUUCAGAAGCUGUCCGCGUCCGUCGAGGAGCAGGUCGAGGACGCACCCAACGGGUCCUUGCGGAGAACGAGACUGUCCGCCGCCGGCCACAGCCUCAAGAAAGUCCAAGAUUGA